AUGCUCAACGAAUCGUGUCUGGGCGUCCGCCAUGUUCCAGCCCUGUUUGUCAUCAAUGUUGUGGAAAUCGCAUGCGACCUUGCGAUGCUCCCGUUGAUCACCUUCGGUGCUUUGUUCACAACCACCUUUGUGGUGCGAUCCAUCCAGCUGCUGAACAAGAUGAGUGCCGAGAUCGUACGGAGGCCGCUGACGUCGGCAAUAUCUCUCCGGAAAUUGUCCAUCAGCAUCGAACAGAAGACGGUCUCUGCGCGAUCUGUGCCGAUCAGCCUGGCGUUUAUUGCGUUCACGAUAUUUGCCCAGUGCAUCGUCAACUCUGUCUAUGCCACCAACCCAACAGGGACCUGUGGCGUCCUUCAGGAAUUUCCAAAGGUUGUUCCCUCGAUAGUGGUCCUGUGUGGAUUCUCCUUUAUCGCAGUGCCGUACCUCUCAUAUCUGCUCUACAAGCUCGAUAUUGAGCAUCCAGUCCGAAUCGAGCUCAUCACCAACGGAGUCAUCUACGUCGUCAGCAUGAGCAUGUAUCUGGUCUGGAGCAUCAAGCUGAAGUAUAUCGAGGAGCUCCAUUCGUUUACGUCUUAUUUUUUAGCAAACUACUGGGCCGUGGUGAUCCCGAGUAUCCAGGCUUUGCAGCGGAUCAGAUUGACCAACACCCAGCGCAAGUCCAGCAAGCUGGAGUUCAAGUUCACCCUUGACUGCUUCAACCUGGCCAUGAGCAGUAAAGAGUCGCUUGAGAAGCUCGAGAAGCUGUGCACCGAGCUAUUUUGCGGGGAGAUUUUCUACUUCCUGGACUAUUACAAGAAGCUAAUGAAGUCGGUGCGGACGGCAUACAACGAAAGUCGGUCGGGAUUUGAUGUCGUCAGGGCCGAUGGGCCUGGGCGGUCGCUGAUAUCCUUGGCGUCAGGAUCCACGGCAGAGUCAUCGGCAGCCAACGUUACUUUGGGACCCGAGGGCCAAAUCGGAGACUUUGUGCCAAAGAAAUGGAUUCUGCCAAAGCCUCUGGCUCUGCAGUACAUCAAGGUGUAUAAGGCAUACAUCCGGCCAGGAUGUUCGCAGGAGCUCAACAUUGCCCACUGGAACCGGGAAACGAUCAAGGCAAUCAUGAGCCCAUUCAUGGAUAUGGACGUGGAGAAACUCCUCACCAGCGACAUUGCGAUUCCAGCCGACUGUCUAGACGAGAUCCAUCAGGAGAUUUAUCUGCAAAUGUUCAACAACAUCUUCCCGGUGUUUCUGGACAGAAAGCUGUACCUAAACGCAGAGCCGUGAUUACACCGCCUAAUAUGCUAUCAAGUGGUGCGGUCGGGGUCUGGAUUGCCAAUGUGCUGCUGGAUACGCUGCUCGGCAGUCUUGACGGAUGUGGUGGGCUUGGGACGAUGGUUCGAG